AUGCAUUAUGGGAAAUCUGACAGAGAUUGUAAUGGAAAUAAUGCGGAGUGGACUGCUGUGAAAAUGGAAUAUGUUGUGCCAUAUUUAGUCACAAUACCCGAAUCUACCUUAGAUUGUGACCCGAGGGUUUACACAGCUCUUAUACUCAAAAGGCAAGAUGAUCUUCCCGGUCGUAAACGUCAGUUCAGACGUCAAGACCCUUAUCAUUCGCCUGGAACAGCUGACGGAAUUGCUUUUAUGCACCUACAAUGGAGAGUAUUCAUUCCAAAUAUUACGUCAAUAUUACACUGGAGGACGUCCAGUCUAAAUGUGACACCAUCUUAUCCUGGAGUGACAUCAAAUCGCAAUAUUACGCUACUCUGA